AUGUCUACGGUGUCGAUCAACGAGAUCAGGAAGGCCCAACGAGCAGUGGGUCCCGCCAUGGUGCUGGCAAUCAGCACAGCCACACCACCGAAUGAGGUGAUACAGGCAGAUUAUCCGGAUUACUACUUUAGGGUCACCAAGAGCGAGCACAUGAAAGAACUGAAAGAGAAGUUCAAGCGAAUGUGUGAUAAAUCGAUGAUCCGCAAACGUCACAUGUACCUAACGGAGGACAUACUCAAGGAGAAUCCCAACAUGUGUGCUUCCAUGGCCCCCACCCUCAAUGCCCGCCAAGACAUAGUCAUUGUCGAGGUCCCUAAGCUCGGUAAAGAGGCAGCAGUUAAGGCCAUCAACGAGUGGGGCCAACCAAAAUCUAAGAUCACCCACGUAGUCUUCUGUGCAACGGGCGGUAUCGACAUGCCUGGAGCUGACUACCAACUCACCAAGCUACUCGGCCUCCGUCCAUCUGUCAAACGCUACAUGAUGUAUCAAAUAGGCUGCUUUGCUGGUGGCACGGUCCUUCGCCUGGCAAAAGACCUAGCAGAAAACAAUGCUGGUGCACGUGUUCUAGUUGUGUGUUCGGAGAUCACUGCCGCCACCUUUCGUGGCCCAUCUGAUACCUAUCUCGAUGGCCUUGUUGGUCAAGCACUCUUUGGAGAUGGUGCGGCUGCAGUGAUAAUCGGUGCUGAUCCUAACUCCUACGAGCGACCGAUUUUCCAGUUUGUGUCAGCCGCACAAACCAUACUGCCUGAUUCAGAUGGUGCAAUCGAUGGUCACUUAGGUGAGGCUGGCCUCACAUUCCACCUCCAAAAGGACGUGCCAGGGAUCAUUUCAAAGAACAUUGAGAAGAGUCUAGUGGAGGCGUUCGAGCCACUCGGCAUCAAUGACUGGAAUUCUAUUUUCUGGAUAGCGCACCCAGGUGGGCCUGCGAUUCUUGAUCAGGUGGAGGAGAAAUUGAAUCUAAAGACAGAGAAGUUGAAGGCCACAAGGCACGUACUAAGCGAGUAUGGGAACAUGGCUAGUGCAUGUGUUUUAUUUAUUUUGGAUGAGAUGAGAAGGAAGUCAAUAGAGGAAGGGAAGACAACGACCGGAGAAGGGUUGGAUUGGGGCGUGCUGUUUGGGUUCGGACCUGGCCUGACUGUUGAGACUUUGGUCUUGCAUAGCCUUCCCACAACUGUGGCCCACUAAGUUGUGGGUCCACCCAAUAAUAAGGAUAUGAUUUGAAUGGUUGAAUUAUUGUAAGUUUCAGUUAUAUUAUGUUAUGCAUUAAGUUACAUUCUGUAAUAAAUUCAAUGGUUUU